UCACGACCAGCAAAAAAAGAAAAAAAUGCAGAUCUUCGUCAAGACACUAACCGGAAAGACUAUCACCUUGGAGGUAGAAGCCUCUGACACCAUCGAGAAUGUCAAGGCCAAGAUCCAAGACAAGGAAGGUAUCCCUCCAGACCAGCAACGUCUCAUCUUCGCUGGUAAGCAAUUAGAAGAUGGCCGCACUCUAUCAGACUACAACAUCCAGAAGGAAUCUACUCUUCAUUUAGUUCUCCGUCUCCGUGGUGGUAUGCAAAUUUUUGUCAAGACCCUCACUGGAAAGACCAUCACUUUGGAAGUUGAGGCUUCCGACACCAUCGAAAAUGUCAAGGCCAAGAUCCAAGACAAGGAAGGUAUCCCUCCAGACCAGCAACGUCUCAUCUUCGCCGGUAAACAAUUAGAAGAUGGCCGCACCUUAUCCGACUACAACAUUCAAAAAGAAUCAACUCUUCAUUUAGUUCUCAGACUGCGUGGUGGUAUGCAAAUUUUUGUCAAGACCCUCACAGGGAAAACCAUCACCUUGGAAGUUGAGGCCUCCGAUACCAUUGAAAAUGUUAAGGCUAAGAUUCAAGACAAGGAAGGUAUCCCUCCAGACCAGCAACGUCUCAUCUUCGCUGGUAAACAAUUAGAAGAUGGCCGCACCUUAUCAGACUACAACAUUCAAAAAGAAUCAACUCUUCAUUUAGUUCUCAGACUGCGUGGUGGUAUGCAAAUUUUCGUCAAGACCCUCACAGGAAAGACCAUCACCUUGGAGGUAGAAGCCUCUGACACCAUCGAGAAUGUCAAGGCCAAGAUCCAAGACAAGGAAGGUAUCCCUCCAGACCAGCAACGUCUCAUCUUCGCCGGUAAACAAUUAGAAGAUGGCCGCACCUUAUCCGACUACAACAUUCAAAAAGAAUCAACUCUUCAUUUAGUUCUCAGACUGCGUGGUGGUAUGCAAAUUUUUGUCAAGACCCUCACUGGAAAGACCAUCACCUUGGAAGUUGAGGCCUCCGAUACCAUUGAAAAUGUUAAGGCUAAGAUUCAAGACAAGGAAGGUAUCCCUCCAGACCAGCAACGUCUCAUCUUCGCUGGUAAACAAUUAGAAGAUGGCCGCACCUUAUCAGACUACAACAUUCAAAAAGAAUCAACUCUCCAUUUAGUUCUCCGUCUCCGUGGUGGUAUGCAAAUUUUUGUCAAGACCCUCACAGGAAAGACCAUCACCUUGGAAGUCGAGGCCUCCGAUACCAUCGAGAAUGUCAAGGCCAAGAUCCAAGACAAGGAAGGUAUCCCUCCGGACCAGCAACGUCUCAUCUUCGCUGGUAAACAACUGGAAGAUGGCCGUACCCUUUCUGAUUAUAACAUCCAGAAGGAAUCUACUCUCCAUUUAGUUCUCCGUCUUCGUGGUGGUAUGCAAAUUUUCGUCAAGACUCUCACAGGAAAAACCAUUACCUUGGAAGUUGAGGCUUCUGACACCAUCGAGAAUGUUAAGGCCAAGAUCCAAGACAAGGAAGGUAUCCCUCCAGACCAGCAACGUCUCAUCUUCGCUGGUAAACAACUGGAAGAUGGCCGUACUCUUUCUGAUUACAACAUCCAGAAGGAAUCUACUCUCCAUUUAGUUCUCCGUCUCCGUGGUGGUAUGCAAAUUUUCGUCAAGACUCUCACAGGAAAAACCAUCACCUUGGAAGUUGAGGCUUCUGACACCAUCGAGAAUGUUAAGGCCAAGAUCCAAGACAAGGAAGGUAUCCCUCCAGACCAGCAACGUCUCAUCUUCGCUGGUAAACAACUGGAAGAUGGCCGUACUCUUUCUGAUUACAACAUCCAGAAGGAAUCUACUCUCCAUUUAGUUCUCCGUCUCCGUGGUGGUAUGCAAAUUUUCGUCAAGACUCUCACAGGAAAAACCAUCACCUUGGAAGUAGAGGCCUCUGAUACUAUCGAGAAUGUUAAGGCCAAGAUCCAAGACAAGGAAGGUAUCCCUCCGGACCAGCAACGUCUCAUCUUCGCUGGUAAGCAAUUAGAAGAUGGCCGCACUCUAUCAGACUACAACAUCCAGAAGGAAUCUACUCUCCAUUUAGUUCUCAGACUGCGUGGUGGUAUGCAAAUUUUCGUCAAGACCCUCACAGGAAAGACUAUCACCUUGGAAGUUGAGGCUUCCGACACCAUCGAAAAUGUUAAGGCCAAGAUCCAAGACAAGGAAGGUAUCCCUCCAGACCAGCAGCGUCUCAUCUUCGCUGGUAAGCAAUUAGAAGAUGGCCGCACUCUAUCAGACUACAACAUCCAGAAGGAAUCUACUCUCCAUUUAGUUCUCCGUCUUCGUGGUGGUAUGCAAAUUUUCGUCAAGACCCUUACUGGAAAGACCAUCACCUUGGAAGUUGAGGCCUCCGAUACCAUUGAGAAUGUCAAGGCCAAGAUCCAAGACAAGGAAGGUAUCCCUCCGGACCAGCAACGUCUCAUCUUCGCUGGUAAACAAUUGGAAGAUGGCCGCACCUUAUCAGAUUACAACAUUCAAAAAGAAUCAACUCUUCAUUUAGUUCUCAGACUGCGUGGUGGUAUGCAAAUUUUCGUCAAGACCCUCACAGGAAAGACUAUCACCUUGGAGGUAGAAGCUUCUGACACCAUCGAGAAUGUCAAGGCCAAGAUCCAAGACAAGGAAGGUAUCCCUCCAGACCAGCAACGUCUCAUCUUCGCUGGUAAACAAUUGGAAGAUGGCCGCACCCUAUCCGACUACAACAUUCAAAAAGAAUCCACUCUCCACUUAGUUUUGCGACUUCGUGGUGGCUUGUAAUCCUACUUGUUUCAUUCCAAAAAAAAGCUCUUUUCUUUUCUUAAAAUUUUUAUUCCAGUAGCAUUUAAGCCAUCUGAUAUUUUGAGUGAGGCAACUCACUUUUUCAACUUUCAGUUGCCAUUUUGUCUGUCACGAGUACCUGAGUAGCUAUUUGUUGAGUUAUUGAAAUGACAGAAUGAUUGAGUUGUGAUCGCUUGUAUACUAAAAAAAAUCUCAUUUAAAUGUCUGACCAUGGAGCAUUAAUAAUUCUCUAGUGUAUUUUAGUAUAGGUAUGUAAUUUGUGACACUCAAAUUUUACCUGUAAUUUAAACCGUUUUUAUUUCAAUGUUUUUUUUACCAAUUUCAUUCAAGAAAUUCAUUUGAAUUCUAGAAAAGCUGAAUAAAAGUCAAAAGUGAAUCCUAAA